GUCACCACACAACAGCAUACCACUCACCCUCCUUCAGAAUCAGAAUUUGCUCAACCCCAUCAACCUGCUACUUACUCCGGACCACCCACAGAGCUCUGUACAAACAUUUCAAACCGAUACGUGUUGUUGUCUGGACAAUUUCGACCUGGGUGGACCCUACCGCCAACAAUAAUUUCUUCAACUAACUCAGCAAACCAUAGAGCUAUCCUCCUCCCAUUGGACCAACCAUGGCCCCUCCCACCACUCUCAAGACCAAUAAUAACGUUAAGGCUCCAGACGAUGACGAUGAUGAGUGGCAAGAAAUGCCAGUCAUUCGCCCGGACGAUUCAGCAUACGAUGAUGAAGACAAGAAGAAAUUUAGAUAUAUUCCACCUAAACGAGCCACUGCAAUCAGCCCAGAGAGAGAUGCGAUGGAGUCCUCAAACGCGAUUGGAAAACUAUUAGAUCUAUCAGAGGCGGCCGCAUCCAGAGGAGAAGACUGGCGAGAAAAGUCGAAAAACCUAGAAGAAUCGAAAUAUACGAGGCUAGGACUUGAUGAUGAUCCAGAUGAAGACAACUUGAAUAAGAAGACUCAAUACCUAUUCGACUACGAGCAUAACAUGACCGCACUCAAUCAACUCCAAGCCACUAAGAAUCUAUUAAAUGAAGCUCAGAGGAUUGCUUAUGUUGGGAUGUGCAGCUUGGUGAUGAAGGAGAUGCUGGAUUCCUUGAAACGUGGUGGUCACAACGAAGUCAAUCCAGCCGUCGAAAGCAUGAAACGAUGGAGUUCCCACAUCAUAGACCAGCUCUGUAAGCACAUGGACAUCGAAACCCGUGAACGACAGAUGAUCCAGCAGUUGGCUGAACAUGGUGUUUCAGCUGAAGAUAUUGUCGAAUGUCUGAUCACCACACAUACGGUUAAAAAUCCUAACUAUGACCCAGAGGGAUCUGAGUCAAGCACUUCAGACGAUUCAGGAAGAAAAUCAUUCGAAAACUCAUCAAGUCAAGCCGCCAGUGACAAUGCCUCUUUCAGAUCGCGCUCUAGUAUGGAGAAUGCUUGGACAACUAAGAACGAGAACAGCAAUCCAUUUGGCUCCUCUGGUAGUGAUGGGUUCCGAACUUCAUUCCAGCCAGGCGGUGAACCAUUUGGAAGUGAUCCCACAAGCUCCAUACCGUGGGCCUCAGGCUCUGAACCUUCCGACCCUCCUCAAUCUGAUCCACCUCCCGAAUUCUCAACGUCUUCCGAACCAGUGCAGGAAGAUGUGGAUGACCUAGAAACCCCUAGACCUACGAAUCAUUCCUUCCCUCCUCAUUCUGAGCCGCCCAACCGAACCGAACCGCCCACUCCUGAACCCGAUGAACUUCCUAACACGUUACCGGGAAUCUCGACGACGAUUUCUUCUUCGGAUGAGAUGAUGACUUUAGACAUUCGGUGGACGGUACUGUGCGACUUGUUUUUAGUGUUGAUUGUGGAUAGUAUCUAUGAUGCUCGGUCGAGGGUAUUUCUGGGAAGAUGUGCCCAUAAACUACGUCUUUCGUGGAUGGAUGUCGUUUUGUUUGAGCGGCGGUUGACCGAAGCUCUGGAAGUGGAAGAAGAUGUGAGGAAGGAGAACAAUGCUGAAGUGAUUCAAGAACACGACCGGAAGUCGAAAAGGAAACGAUUGGUGAUGAUGGGUGCUGCUACGAUCGGCGGCGGCUUAGUGAUCGGUCUCAGUGCGGGUUUAUUGGCUCCCGUCAUUGGGGCUGGCUUGGCUGCUGGGUUUACAACUAUCGGGAUCGGUGGUACCUCUGGUUUUCUCGCUGGGGCUGGUGGUGCUGCUGUCAUCACGACCGCUGGAACUGUCACUGGGAUGAAUAUUGCUGGACGGGGAAUGGGUAAACGGACUCAGUCAGUGACAACCUUCAAGAUCCUUCCACUGCAUAACAAUCGUCGAGUCAACGUCUUUUUGACCAUGCCAGGGUUCAUGGAAGGUGCCAAUGAUGACGUUCGAUUACCAUUUAGCGUAAUGGAUCAAUCGAUGGGAGAUGUUUUUUCGAUUUUGUGGGAGCCAGAGAUGAUGGGAGAAACUGGAAACAUCCUCAAAAUUUUAACAUCUGAAGUCUUGACUCAGGUGGGACAACAAGUCUUACAAGCGACAGUAUUGACGGCGUUAAUGAGUGCAUUGCAAUGGCCCUUGAUGCUCACGAAGCUCGGCUAUCUGAUUGAUAAUCCUUGGUCUAAUGCUCUCGCCCGAGCCCGAGCCGCUGGUAUAUUACUGGCUGACAUCCUAAUCAAACGUCACAUCGGUGUCCGGCCGGUGAGUUUAAUCGGAUUCUCAUUGGGCGCGCGGGCGAUCUUCUAUGCGUUAGUCGAAUUGGCUCGUCAGAAGGCCUACGGAAUAGUCCAGGAGGUCUACCUCCUCGGGGCAACAGUGACUGCACCCGCCAAAACCUGGCGCGAGAUUCGAGGUGUCGUCGCUGGUCGGUUCGUCAAUGGGUACUGCCAAAAUGAUUGGAUCCUCGGAUAUCUGUAUCGAGCUACGACCGGGGGAAUCCAGACCGUGGCUGGACUGAGUCCAGUGACAUCAGUCCCUGAUAUGGAGAACGUCAACUUGACUGGAAUCGUGGUCGGACACAUGAGUUAUCGAGCACAAAUGCCAGUGGUCUUGGCAGAGCUGGGAUUCAAAGUGACGGCCGAUCAUUUCGAUGAGCCGGAUGCCAUGGAGGAAGAUGAGGCCCCAGAAGAGGAACCGUCGGCACUGAAGACGAUGAAAGAAGCCGAAGAAAAGAAACGGAUGAUCUUCAAUUUUACCAAGAAGCUGAAGAACGUAAGGCCGACCUCUUUGGUCCUCCAGAAGUCGCAGUCCCUCUCUGGAUCUGGACCUGCUCCCGAGGAAGACGACCAUCCGCCACGUCUAGCCCAAUCACACGCUCGCUCUGCAUCAUCCGCUUCCGUAUCUCGGAUACCAGCCUCUGACCAUAAAGACAAUACCGAUUCUUCCCCUUCUCUUUCUUCUGACACUCCAACUAAUCAAGCUCAGAUGCCCAAUCAACCUAACACAUUUGAUCUAUCGGCCAUCCGCUCUGAGAUUGCCAAAUUCACAUCCACUCAUUCCCCACAAGAUCAUCAACCUCAUCAACCAGCUUCUUCUAACCCCAUGUCAUCCACCCCCGCAAAACCUUCUUCUUGGAACGAUCCCAACACCAAAUCUUCCGCCUCUACUCCUUGGACAGAAUCCAAUGAUCCUUGGAGAACUUAAACCUUCUUCAUUUUUUUCCCUUUCUAUUCAUCAUUCAUCUUCAACUGCUUUGUCGUACCAUUUCGUUUUUUAUUCUUCCAAAGCUUCCACGUUUUCGUUUUUUUUGUGCUUUCAUUUCCUUUUUUUUUGUUGUUGGGGUUUUUUGUCUUUGUAAAGUAACUAAUCAAUCAAUCAAUCGCCAUUAACUUCCUGUUUUAUUCUUCUCAAACUUGAUCACAACAGCAUCCAUGAAAUCCCGUAUUUACUUUGUCAUUUGAAUUUAAC